CGUCGAGUCCUCCAGAAAACCAAAAUCUCCAGGAUGAACGCAGCAGCAGGUGAAGGCUCCAAGGCCGCCCCCCCAAAGUUCAAGCAGAAGGAGACAAGGCAGUUCAAGAGCAAGGCUCCCAAAGCGGGACAGAAGGGGUUCGAUAACGAUGUCCCGGGGAUGGAGGGUCUCGGAGACUCUGCCGUGGUCUGCCCCUGGGAGGCAUUUGGUGACAUGGAGCUCAGCGACCUGGCUCAGUUUGGAAUCGUCUAGGACCUGUUAGAUGGGAGCUCCCACCCUGGUCCCAGACAGAUGGGAUUUCACAGUGUCUGCUGAAGAUGAGGAGCAUGUUUGAAGGAGGAGGAGGAUGCAACAGUUACUGUGGGACAGAUCUCUGCAGUGUCAGGGUUAUAUGGAGCUAGCCCAUUAAAGAAAUAUAUAAUAUAUGUAUUUUUCUAGGUGCUGGUAAAAAGGAUCUAUUUUUGCUAUAAAAAUAAAGAAAUCAUGAAUCUACCUCUCACUAUAAGUGUAACUAGCUACUAUUAUAACAGUGUUGGUACAAUAAAUAUCAGUAUUUAUAA